CAAAACGGCAGCCAGAGUGCCAGCUCAGGGGAACGUGAACGAUCAGAGAAGCCUGCACGGUUCCACCGAACCGAUAUUCAUGACUGACCCACGGUCAGAAUCAUCUUUAUACCCCCAGAGCAGUGUCAGUCAAGCAGCGAUUCUCCCCCUGACCUCAGCCGCAGUGAGGGCUAUCGGGGCAUGUCUCCAGUGCCGCGCAAAGAAACGAAAAUGUGACAAAAUAUGGCCGACUUGCGGCCGAUGCUCAAGACAAUAUAACCACUGUGAUUAUCCCAAGCAGGCUCUCGUGAUGGAUGGGCCUGGCGCUUCCUUCCUUCGUUCGCUUGACAUUGGCAGGUUGAAUGCCACAGUGCCCUUACCAGUCGAGUCACAACCCCACAUGCCUAUGCUUAUUCACUCGUUCCUCGAGACCUUUGGGAUGGACCCGCUCCCUGUUGACAGUGGUAGUCUCGCAUGUCUUCUUCGGGCGACGUGGAUCCAACAAGCCCUUGCUGACCCUUGUGCACUUCACACCACCCUUUAUGCCGCGUCGGCCCAUCUGGAUGCGUUUAGAGGUGCCAAAAAGAGCAAUAUGACAUUAUAUCACCACACAAUUGCACUGCGGUUGCUCCAGGAGAGAAUCAACGACCCAGACGCGGUAUUCAGCGAGUCUUUGAUGGCGUGUGUUGCACCGUUAGUCUUUUUCUCGGCCCUCUUUGGCGACAAAGGAGCAUCCACCAUCCACAAAAUGGCAUUGAUGAGAAUGAUCAAAGCAAAAGGCGGCCUUGAAGAUCUCGCCCUUGGCACGUUCCUGUCAGAGCUUAUCACUGUGUGCGUAUUUCCGAUCAUCAUUCCUUAA